AUGAGCCAGCCGACCACAGCCACCGCGGAGCUGCCCACACUGCCAGGAGACACGACAGUGGCCUUUGGGGUGGCAGACAUCAUCGUUGUGGUUUUUUACUUUGCCUUUGUCCUCAUCGUCGGGAUAUGGUCAUCGAUACGAGCAAGCCGGGGGACCAUUGGAGGCUAUUUCCUAGCUGGACGAUCCAUGACUUGGUGGCCUAUUGGAGCAUCCCUGAUGUCAAGCAAUGUGGGCAGUGGCUUAUUCAUCGGCCUGGCAGGCACUGGAGCAGCUGGGGGCCUUGCUGUUGGGGGCUUUGAGUGGAACGCUACCUGGGCACUUCUGGCUCUCGGCUGGAUUUUUGUGCCGGUUUACAUCGCAGCAGGAGUGGUCACCAUGCCUGAAUACCUGCAGAAGAGAUUUGGAGGGCAGAGGAUACAAAUCUAUAUGUCCGUACUGUCCCUCAUUCUCUAUAUAUUCACCAAGAUAUCCACAGACAUUUUUUCCGGAGCAUUGUUCAUCCAAAUCUCUUUGGGCUGGAACCUCUACUUGUCCACUGUGGUCUUGCUAGCAGUGACUGCUGUCUACACCAUAGCUGGUGGUUUAACCGCUGUGAUAUACACAGACGCGCUGCAGACCCUGAUCAUGGUGCUGGGAGCUUUGGUCCUCAUGUUCAUAGGAUUUGAAAAAGUUGGCUGGUAUGAAGGACUUCAGGAGAAAUACAGCACAGCAAUACUGAAGAUCAUAGUCCCAAACACAACCUGUCACCUCCCACGUGCAGAUGCCUUUCAUUUGUUCAGGGAUCCAGUCACAGGAGACAUUCCUUGGCCUGGCCUUAUAUUUGGCCUCUCUGUGCUGGCUCUUUGGUGCUGGUGCACCGACCAG